GACUUCUCCUCUUCUUUCGUCUUCAUUCAUCACACCUGGCGAGGACAACAAAAGUUUGUCUUCUUACUUUUUCUUCUCUACCUUCGUUCGACCUUGCCUUGUCCUCCCCCAACCCAACCAUCCACCAUGUCCAACAUCAACCAGCUCAGCAAGGCCGAUAUGGACAAUCUGAACAGCGAGGAGCGUCUUAUCCUUGCUCAGGUGUGCACUCGGACUCAACGCGAUGUCGGCGGCACAUCCACCCCUGAUAUUAAUGACGUCGAAAUGUCUACUCCUGCUUCCUCCCCUCAGAAGCCCCUCAGCUUGGCGACAGGUGACGGCAUCAUCCGAUGCUGCCAUCGGAAGCUGAGUCCUGAUCUGCGAUCCAGAUGUUCGGGCACAGCCCACAUGAACAUCUCCAAGCCCAGCUUGGACUGGCAGAUCGGGUCGCUUCUAGAUUCUCAAAGCCUUGUUCCCAAGACACCUUGCCUGGAGAAGCUGUAUCUUAUCCAGGGGAGACUCGGCUCUUCAGUUUUACGCCCCAGGCAACGAAUGGGUGUCUUCAAGCUCAGUCUUGAAUACUUGGCUUUGGGAAUCGCGGCUUCAUACCAGCUUAUUCCGAGAACAACCUGUACCACCCUCACGAGCGCCGCCUUCGACGAGAAGGCUGACCAUCUCAACACACAACUGGCGCAGAUCGAAUUGCAGCCUACCAAGGCUCUCGAGAGCUACGCCAAAGAGAUCGAACGACAGGCCGGCGAGAUCAGCGAGAUGGACGAGCUGAUCGUCACCUGCGGCAAAGAGUUUUCGUGCGUCGAGAGCGAUGCCGAUAACGCCAGCGGCAUGCUGCUGCGCUUUGAGCGCCAGAUCGAAGAGCAUGCCGCAAGGCAGGACGCCAAGCUCAACGAGCUGGCAAAGACCGACAGCAAUGCCACCAGACUGGCUGCGAUCGAGGCCAGACUGGCCAGACUUGAGGAGAUGAUGGUGGGCCUCAUGAACAACCAGAACACGGAGAAGCUGGGCAACAUGGCCGUGUGA